CUCUCGUCGGAAUUUUCUUCGGGUUCCACUAGAAAUUGAAAGGUUUGACUUUAGACAGUCACUGGGUGAAGGCUGAAUAACUAGGAAGUACCCAAGGGCUUGGGAAAUUUUUUUAGAGGUACAGGGAUUGGACUCUCGAUUAGUAAAAACUCUCUUCCCUUUGGGGUAAUAACUAAAUUUUUCAAAAAAAUUUUUUCUCGUAAUUUUUUACUAACCUAGCCUUAUUCUCAUUUGCGAGAAAAAAAAUUAAAUUUAAUUUACCCCUAUUUUGUCUUGAACGUUUAUCUUCCUCCUCCUCUCUAUUUCUCUCUCGUCUCUCCUUUUCCUCCUUUCUCUCUCUUCUUCUUUUCUCAUCCGCUUCCGUUUCCGGCCAAUGAACUGUUUUUUCACUUGGCAAUUCUUCCGAACCGACAGGUGGACGUUUAACAAUAUCUGGACCAUCUUCAAAUUGUGCUUCUGAUGAAGCUGAGGAAUCUACUGAAUUGCUAUGGCUAUUUAUCCCUUCAUUUCCUUCAUUUACUUUUGCUUUUUCUUUUGAAAUUUUGCCUUUUGAGGCUUGUUUAGUUUCUUUUUUAGUUUUUUCCUUUCCAGCCUUUUCUUUCUUUUCAGCUUUUCCAGGCUUCUUUUUCUUUUCUUCUAAUUUUUGGAAUUAAUAAGGAAAAGCUUUAGCAUAUCCCCUUCUCCCAUAAAAAUCUCUUAGAUACCCCAUACCUUUAGGUCAAAAGUCAUUUCGUCUCUCACUUAUCACACCUUGUCUGGUCCACUCUCAAGUAUCCCUAUCCCUGAAACAUCUCUUAUAAUGGUUGAUAAGUCAGAGAUUCCUUCAUCUCCCACAUAUCACACCCGGUCUAUCCCACUCUCACUUAUCCCUAUCCCUGUGACAUUUCUUAAGGGUGUAAGUAAAAAAUUAUUUACUCACACACCACUCCCAACCUCUCAAGUAUCCCUAUCCCUGGGACAUCUCUUCUAAUGGUGUUGUUAAGUCAGUAAGUUUGUGUGGUAUCUCAGAGAUUUUUAGAAUAUUACCCUUUAUUUUGGGCCCAUCCUCAUUCUCUUUUCCUUUAUCCUCUUCAAUUUUAGGCUCUUUCUGUUCUUCUUCAGUUUCUUUUGUGGGGGUCUCCCCACUUUCUUCAUGUUUCGGCCCUUCUUCUUCCCCCUCUUUUUCUUCUUUUACAUGCUCCUUUGGACCAUCUUCCCCUUCUUCCUCUUUUGUUUCUUUACUGUUUUCAGUUGCUUCCCCAGAAGGUUGUUCAGGUCCUUCAUGAUUUUCUGCAACUUCCUCUUCUUCAGGCUCGGCAUCUCCAGGGCCUUCUAGUUAAGAAAAAGAGAACAAACGUUAUUUUCAAAACUUGGAUGUUUCAUGUUUAAUUAUUUAAAGUUUAUUUUUUUGUUUCAAGUUAAGUUUUGUUUCAAGUUUUAAUUUAAAUAAACUUUGUCAUGUUUGUUUCAAGUUUUUUUUAUUUCUGCUUCAAGUUUUACAUAAUUUAUUCCUUCAAAUUUAUUUUUCUUUCUUGAUCCAAGUUUAUUUCCACAUCCAAGUUUUAUUUUUCUUUUCUGCUUCAAGUUUAUUUAUCCCCCGAGUUUUCUCCCCCACAACAUGUUUUUCCCUUAAACUUGCUUCAAGUUUUUAUUUUUUUGCUUCAACUUUUUUUUUGCUUCAACUUUUCAUUCUC